AUGUUCUUUAACGGACCUAAAAAUGAACCUGUUUUUUGCAGGACUUUUCCGACCUACCACGACGGUGCGGCCCUACUUUGGUUUUCAAAACUACCUGAAGGAUCAAUCUCUUCCUUCGAGGAAUUGGCAAGAUCCUUCAUAGACUACUUUGCGGCUGCACGCAUUUAUGUCCACGGGUCAGAUUACCUCGCCACCAUCCGCCAAGGUCCACAAGAAAGCCUGAAGGACUAUUUAACUAGAUUCGCUGAUGCAACAAUGGAGAUACCUGAUCUAGAUCCUGCUGUCCAUCUUCACGCCAUAAAAGCCUGCCUCAAGCCCGGAAAAUUCAGAGAAACAAUUGCUGUCACGAAACCGAGAACCCUAGAGGAAUUCCGAGAAAGGGCCGCAGGGCAGAUGGAAAUUGAAGAACUUCGCGAGGUCGAGAAAGUAGACAAAAAGCAACCCCGAAAAGAAGAGAGCCGAACAAUCAGAUCAGGGGACAACAGAAACACCAGAAAAACGUUUAAACUUACACCGAAGUUUGACAACUACACCAGGUUCAACACAAAGAGAGAAAGGAUCAUCAAGGAAAUACUCAACGCCAAAAUCAUCAAACCCCCUGUUAGGGCCGGAAGCUACCAGGACCAAAGAUUCGUGGACAGGACCAAGCACUGCGCCGUCCAUCAGAAAUAUGGUCAUACCACCGACGAGUGCAUCGUAGCCAAAGACUUGCUGGAAAGAUUAGCCCGACAAGGACUCCUAGACAAAUACAUCGAAGGCACGAGGCACAAAGGAGCAAAGACAGAUCAAGAUAAGCAACAAACUCCGAGGAACAAAGAAACCGACAAAUGGCCAAGCAAUAAUCCCCCAAAAGGAGUCAUCAAUUGCAUAUCAGGAGGAUUCGCAUGUGGCGGAGAAACAGCCUCAGCACGAAAACGAAGCUACCGCACUAUGUUAGCAAUCGAAGGAACAACUCCACACAACAAAUAG